GGUAGGCAUAUUGGUUGUGGUGUAAAGGACUUCUAGUAAAAACCUCUUCGCUGAUGUGUCUGUCGAUCAGCUUUUCUAGUGUUUUGAGUAAGAAGGAUGUUAUGCUGAUCGGGCGAAAGGAUUUGGCCUGGGCAUACGUCUUUCGCCAUUCUCCAUUCCAUUGGUAUAUAUGCCAGGGCCAAGCUGGCCCGGAGCAUCUUGCACAAGAGGGGCACCAGUAAAUCGGUUCCUGUUGUUUUCUACCAUACAAAGCCCCCUCCUCAAUGAACCAAGUCAUCUGCUUACCGCUACCAAAUCCCCCAAGUAGUCCAUGUGUCUUCGACUGGAUCUUCGUUGCUUGGCCCCGUUUGCUUCAAACUUAACCAAUACAAAGCGAUUGCUUGGCAUGCUUGCAGCUGAGUGGGUGCACCGGUGAGCUAAUGAGCUUGACGCGAUCGGACAGUACCUGCUCCGCCCAUUCGAUGCAACAUGGGGGCGUGCCCGAGCUGCUAUUGGGGCUCUGCUACAACGCGAUCACUGGAAGAUUGGGCGUGGAAGUGGUGAAAGGCUCACACUUUCGGAAUCUGGCCCUAAAUAGAGCUCCGGACACCUACGUGAAACUCAACCUGGUGAGCAGCACCGGGCAGGAGUUGGCCCAUAGUAAAACCACCAUAAGGCGGGGCCAACCCAAUCCCCUCUUUAAGGAAACGUUCGUGUUCCAGGUGGCGCUGUUUCAGCUGGCCGAUGUGACUCUGAUGGUGUCGGUUUACAACCGGAAAGGCGUGACGAAGAAGAAGGAGAUGGUGGGCUGGUUCAGUCUAGGGCUGAAUUCCAGUGGGGCCGAAGAACUGGCGCACUGGAUGGAUAUGAAGGAGUUCCAACAGGAGCAGGUGUGCCGCUGGCACAUUCUGGUGCAGUCAUAGCGAAGCAGGCGCAGGGUGAUGUCGGUGAAGAUCGGAAAGUCUGCUCGAGUCGAGUAAGGUAACCAGUUCCAAGCCAGGACUGUUUGUUUUUUCACUUAUACCAUUGGUUUACCACGGAUAAAUUGGGGUGGGGGCAUUGGGCGUCUUCGGACCAACCAGUGCACUGAUAUAUCGGGUGUAACAAAAUAAUCGCACAAUUUUUAUAAAUGUCUUUAGCGGGUAAAACUGUUGCUGCAAUCGGUCGGUGAUCUACUGCAUUUUAUAAAUGAAUUUUAUGAUUAUCAAAUGAGAUGAUUAGGGACGAACUUGGAUUCUGUAAUUAUCGAACGGUUUAUUGAAUUAUACAACUUUUAUACUA